GGGUCUGGGGCUCAGGCAGGGGCCAUUUUGCUAAAGGCUGCCUCCUAGAGUCGGAGGCGGACUGGCAGCUGACUGAAGCUGUUCCUUUUCCUCCUCUGCAACGUGCGACCUGGAGAGGCACUGCGAGGCUGGGAGACGAAGACUGAGCGCCUUUCGGAGACGGCCAUGGUUCCCUCCAGCCACCGCUACCUGAGGACCCUCCAUGGCGGCCGCCUCUUCCGAGCUGCUGCUCCUGCCGCUCCUUCCCACCCCCUUCGCCUGUCCCCUCCAGAGCCUCAGUCGUCCUUCCGUCCCAGAGACUGAUGGUACUCGAGCUAGGGGCAUCAUGAGAGGAGAGAAACACUUCUACUGCCGCGGAGCUGCCGGGGACCACGGUUCCUGCCCCUCGACCCCUUCCACUCUGGCCUCGACCCUCUUGUUGCCGGCGGAGCCCGUCACGAGUAGCUGGUCUGGACCUGGCGGUGGUUUGUCAGGGGGCGACGAAGAGGAGACCCGGCUCCUUCAACUCUUGCGCACGGUACCGGAACCUUCCGAGGCCUUCCAGGCUCUGCAAGCUGCUUUGCCCCGGCGGGGCGGCCGACUCGGCUUUCCCCGACGCAAAGAAGCGUUGUAUCGGGCCUUGGGCCGCGUGCUGGUGGAAGGAGGUGGUGACGAGAAGCGACUCUGCUUGCAACUUCUCUCAGACGUUCUCCGGGGUCAGGGGGAGGCCGGCCAGCUAGAGGAGGCCUUUAGUUUAGCACUUCUGCCUCAACUGGUCGUCUCCUUGAGAGAAGACAUCCCAGCCCUGCGGAAAGAUGCGCUGCAGAUCCUACACGUCUGUCUGAAACGUAGUUCUGCACAGGUGCUGAGCACGCUUAUACAACAAGGUCUAGAAAGUAGCGAUGCCAGGCUUAGAGUUUCUACUGCACUCCUCCUCCCUAUCUUGCUGACUCCUGAGGAUUUUUUGCUGGGCUUGGAUCUCACCGAGGUGGUAAUUUCUCUAGCCCGGAAGCUCGGCAGUCAGGAGAUAGAAGAUGAAUCUGAGACCGCCUUCUCCGCACUUCAACAAAUCGGGGAGCGACUUGGACAAGAAAGGUUUCAAUCCUAUAUUUCUCGGCUGCCAUCUGCUCUGAGGAGACAGUACAAUCGCCGCCUGGAGUCCCAGUUUGGAAGUCAAGUUCCUUAUUAUUUGGAAUUAGAAGCCGCCGGAUUUCCUGAGGAUCCUGCCCCCUCUGCGUUGACUCUCUCCAAUAGCAAUCUUAAAUUUGGGAUUAUUCCGCAGGAGCUGCAUGCAAGAUUGUUGGAUCAGGAAGACUACAAGAACCGGACUCAGGCUGUUGAAGAACUAAAACAGGUGCUGGGAAAAUUUAACCCUAGUUCUACCCCUCAUUCUAGUCUUGUUGGUUUCAUCAGCUUGUUGUAUAAUUUGUUAGAUGACUCUAACUUCAAAGUGGUCCACGGCACACUUCAAGUUCUGCAUUUACUGGUGGUUCGCCUUGGAGGACAAGUACAACAGUUCUUGGGGCCAGUUAUAGCAGCUUCUGUCAAAGUGCUGGCAGACAACAAGUUGGUGAUCAAACAGGAAUAUAUGAAGAUCUUCCUCAAGCUAAUGAAGGAAGUAGGUCCGCAACAGGUGCUUUGUUUACUGCUGGAACAUCUUAAACACAAGCAUUCCAGAGUAAGAGAGGAGGUGGUGAACAUUUGCAUCUGCUCUCUCCUGACUUAUCCCAGUGAGGAUUUUGACUUAUCCAAACUAUCCUUUGUUCUUGCCCCAGCUCUUGUAGAUAGCAAACGCAGGGUACGCCAAGCAGCUCUAGAAGCUUUUGCAGUGUUGGCAUCAUCAAUGGGCUCAAGUAAAACCAGCAUCCUUUUUAAAGCUGUAGAUACUGUUGAAUUGCAAGAUAAUGGAGAUGGAGUGAUGAAUGCUGUGCAGGCCAGAUUGGCUAGGAAAACCCUACCAAAGCUAACAGAACAAGGAUUUGUAGAGUAUGCAAUACUCAUGCCAUCUUCUGCUCAGGGGAGGUCAAGCCAUUUGUCACAUGGAGCAGAUACAGACUGGCUUUUGUCUGGUAACAGAACUCAGAGUGCACACUGCCACUGCGGUGACCACACGAGGGACAAUAUGCAAAUGUAUGGCUCUUAUAGUCCAACUAUCUUUACCCGACGGGUAUUAAGUGCAGGAAAAGGAAAAAAUAAAUUACCAUGGGAAAAUGAGCAACAUGGGGUCGUUGGAGACAACCAAACUUCCAGUUCCAACGAUACAGAGCAGUUUUCAGCCUAUGAUCACAUUCAAUCUCCAAAAGUAAAGUUUUCUCAAGAAAUGCCAGUCAAUGAUGAUGUAUGUUUCAGUAGAAAAAGAGUAUCAAGAAAUUUAUUUCAGAGUAAUCGAGAUUGUAAUCCAGAUUCCCUUGCUGUAUGUGCUGUUGAAGGUGCUACUGGAACUCAUCAGGCCAAUCAUACUGGGAAAUGUGGGCAGUUUGGAUUUUCACAGAUAUGUGGUAAAACUGGCAGUGUGGAUUCUGACUUACAAUUCUUAGGGACAAAUAACAGUCCUCAAGAUAAAGGGUAUUCUAGCCUAAAUUUCAGUAGUAAGACACAGCCAACAUUUGGUAAUCAAGUAGAACAUACCUCAUUAUUCUCUGGCUCAAAUCCAAAUCCAGGAGCCUUUAUUCUUCCAUCCUAUCCUCUCUCAUCACCUCGAGCUAGUCCAAAGCACACAUCUCCACUUAAUGUAUCUCCAAAGAAGUCUCAAGAUAAUUCCAUUAGUAUCUCAAAUUCCUGGCCUCUUAAAAGUUUUGAAGGACCAUCAAAGCCAAGUCCACAGAAAAAACUUGUCAGCCCAAACUCAUCUGAACCUACAGGAGAAAAUUAUCAAGAAAAGCCUUCUCCAGUUCAACUUACACCUGCCUUGGUGAGAUCACCAUCUUCCCGAAGAGGCCUCAAUGGGACAAAGCCUGUCCCUCCCAUACCAAGGGGAAUCAGCCUUUUGCCUGAUAAAGCUGACUUAAGCACAGUGGGACAAAAAAAGAAAGAGCCUGAUGAUAUUUGGAAGAGUGAAAAAGAUAAUUUUAUAAUUGACCUUUCAGAAUUAAAUUUCAGAGAUAACGAUUUCGAUCAAGCAGAGAUGCAGAGCUCUCUUAGAUCUCUUCGUAAUAGUGCUGCUAAGAAAAGAGCAAAACUGAGUGGCAGUACUUCUGAUAUUGAAAGUCCUGAUUCUGCAAUGAAACUUGACUUGACCUUGGACUCUCCAUCUCGAUCUUCCUCUCCAAACAUCAGCUCUUACAGCGAAAGUGGAGUUUACAGCCAAGAAUCGUUGACUUCUUCCCUGUCGACAACUCCCCAGGGGAAGAGAACAAUGUAUUUAAUUUCUUUGCCAUGUUAAAAAAAAUUGCAGGCAAUGAAAAAGACUGGCCAUGAGGCUGAAGGCAUUGGCUCAAGUGGAUUUGCAAAAUCAUCAAAUUUACAACAGAUUUCCAGUUUUGACUUCACAUCUACAAAUACUUUAUCAGAGGACUCUGUAGUUGUUGUUGGAAAAGGUGUAUUUGGAAGUUCAAAUUCAGCACCAGUAACUUGCAACCAACCUGUGAUACCUCCUGCAGAAAAUGGGGAUACGUUUUCAGUUAAACCAAGUAUUGAUCCACCAACAGGGGUUUAUGGAAGAGCAGUUCAACACAGUAUUCCAUCAUAUCUUGAUGUUGAAAAUGACAAAAAUACUAAAGUUUCUAUUUCAAAAUCUACUUAUGAAAAGAUGAGACAAAAAAGAAAAGAAGAAAAAGAUCUUUUUGAUGUUAAAGACUAUGAAAAGAAAGAGCAGAAUCCAUGGGAUCGAAUGAAACAUACUGAGAAAAUGACAUCAGAAAGUGAAGCAUCUACUGGAGUCAUUCCACAGUACAAAGAAAGGAUAACUUCCAUCACGCACAGUCCAGAAAUAAUAGAUUCCUUGGAACUACGGCCAUUUUCCAAACCAGAAAUAGCACUAACAGAAGCUUUAAGGCUAUUAGCUGAUGAAGAUUGGGAGAAGAAAAUUGAGGGACUAAAUUUUAUUAGAUGUUUAGCUGCUUUUCAUUCUGAAAUAUUGAACACAAAGUUGCAUGAAACAAGUUUUGCAGUAGUUCAAGAGGUGAAAAAUUUACGCUCUGGAGUUUCUCGUGCUGCUGUGGUCUGUUUAAGUGAUCUUUUCACUUACCUAAAAAAGAAUAUGGAUCAAGAACUAGAUACCACAGUUAAAGUUUUGUUACACAAAGCUGGAGAAUCAAACACCUUCAUAAGAGAAGAUGUUGACAAGGCAUUAAGAGCUAUGGUUAAUAAUGUAACUCCUGCACGUGCAGUCAUCUCUCUUAUCAAUGGAGGACAAAGCCAUUUACACAUUGCAGUACGAAGAUGUACAGCCCAGCAUUUAUCAGAUGUGGUAGAAUUUAUGGAACCUGAACGAAUUUUAUCUGGAACAAAGGAUAUGGCUGAACGUUUAUUACCAGCUGCUGCUAAAUUUGCUCAAGAUAGCUCACAAGAAACCAGGUAUUAUGGUCGGAAGAUGCUUUUCCUCAUGAUGUGUCAUCCUCACUUUGAAAAAUUGCUUGAAAAGUAUGUCCCAUCUAAAGACUUGCCAUAUAUGAAGGAGUCUGUUAAAAACUUGCGGCAAAAGGGUUUGGGAGACUUACCACUAGAUACUCCAUCAGCAAAAGGAAGAAGAUCUCAUACAGGCAGUGUUGGAAACACAAGAUCUUCAUCUGUUUCUAGAGAGUCUUUCAAUUCAGCUGAAAGAGAAGUAACUGAAGUUCGUGAAGUCCCCAGAAAAUCAGUUCCUCGCAAUUCCUUAGAAAGUGCUGAAUAUGUUAAAGUCAUUACAGGUUUAUUAAGUGCAAAAGAUUUUCGUGAUCGUAUUAAUGGGAUUAAGCAGCUUUUAUCAGAUACUGAAAAUAAUCAAGAGCUUGUUGUUGGAAACAUUGUAAAGAUCUUUGAUGCUUUUAAAUCUCGACUUCAUGAUUCUAAUAGUAAAGUAAAUCUGGUGGCUCUAGAAACAAUGCAUAAAAUGAUUCCUUUACUUAGAGACAACCUAUCUCCUAUAAUCAACAUGCUAAUUCCAGCAAUAGUGGAUAACAAUCUGAAUUCUAAGAAUCCAGGCAUCUAUGCUGCUGCUACAAAUGUUAUUCAAGCAUUGAGUCAACACGUAGACAAUUACUUACUUCUACAGCCAUUUUGCACAAAAGCUCAAUUUUUAAAUGGGAAAGCAAAGCAAGAUAUGACAGAAAAACUUGCUGAUAUUGUUAUGGAACUUUAUCAAAGGAAGCCUCAUGCCACAGAACAGAAAGUGUUGGUGGUUUUAUGGCACCUCUUAGGGAACAUGACAAACAGUGGCUCUCUUCCUGGAGCAGGAGGAAACAUACGAGCAGCCACAGCUAAGCUAUCAAAAGCACUUUUUGCCCAGAUGGGUCAGAAUCUAUUAAAUCAGGCUGCAUCUCAACCACCACAUAUCAAAAAGAGUUUAGAGGAAUUGCUCGAAAUGAACAUUUUACAUGAAUUAUGAAUCUGAUGAAAUAUGGUAUAAUGAACACAACAGUUUACAUGAUAACAAAUGAAACUUUUUUGAAAAGUUACAUUUUGAGUGCCUGCACUUCACAUCUAGUAAAUUAAGUUAAUGGCUAUUUUUAUUUGCAGCUGGCGAGUGAGUACACAUGUGUCUAAUAAGAGCCCUACCAACCUGUACCUAUCACACAAAACUCCUGAUAAUUAAUAGAACCUAAUAGUCAUGAAAUACGAGGCACGUGGAAUUAGUCCAAUUUUAAUAUUUUUUGAGAAGAGUCCUCCUCAUUUGCACUAUUCUAUAGAAACAAUUUAUUGUCCUAUAUGUACAAUUAGAUUUGUAAUUAAAAAUAUACUUUUUAUUAUGUAAUCAUGUUCUGUUAUGUCUCAUUACUCAGCCUUGUUUUAUGAAGUGGAAGAAAAGUCAUUGAACUAUGUUAUCACAAACUAAAUUUUGUGUACUAUUUGUGAAUAACAUGUAUUUCUGAAUCAGUCCGCUAAUAUGAUUAUGCAGUAUUAGCUUGCUAUGGCUGCUACGUUCAUGUGAUAUAUUUGCUAACCUUUUAGGUUUAAUCAUCUGCAUAAUUGUGAAAUUUAACAAGUUAUAAUAAAGCAUGAUGACCAAAGUUUUAGAAAGCAUUAAACAUUUAAAUACACGUUUAAAAAAACGUGUUGAAUGUAACUUUUCCUAUUUUUGUGUACAAACACUAAAUUUUAUUUCUGUAUGUCCUGACAUUUAUAAAGGUGUUAUUUUGCUGCCCAGUUGUGUAAUUCUCAAAAAUAGUGCCAGGUCUUCUAUAGUUUUUCUCAGAAUACUUGGGCUUACAAGUACUGUAUGCAUCUUAAAGAAGAAAAGGAAUGUUUAAAAUAAAAGGAUUUAUUUCUGUA